UUUAUGCAAACGGGCUGGGGCGGUGAUGUCACCCCAAGGGGACUAUCUCCCAGUGGCAGGCCCUUCGAUAAAAUCAGGAACUUGUGCUGGCCCUGCAAUGUCAAGGGAGGGGGCUCAACCAGGCCUCCUGUAGCUCAGGGGGCAGGCCUGAGCCCUGAGACUGUCCCACGACCAUCCAGCCCCCAGACGGGGAACCCCGUCCUGAGGGGCUUCGCACUGGCCCCCACCGAGGCAGGGGAUCUGACCGACUUGGAGCUCAGCUGGAUGUUACAGGCGUGCAAAAUGGAAGGGUUUCCCCUCGUCCCCCCUCCAUCAGAUGAGCUGGUUACUUAUGAAUCGGAACUGUACCCACGCCAAACACAUGAAUACUACCCUUAUCUCAGCAGCGAUGGAGAAAGCCACAGUGAUCAUUACUGGGACUUCCACCCACACCACGUGCAUAGUGAGUUUGAGAGCUUCCCUGAGAACCACUUCACUGAGCUGCAGAGCGUACAGCCCCCCCAGCUGCAGCAGCUCUACCGUCACAUGGAGCUGGAGCAGAUGCAUGUCCUUGACACCCCCAUGGCACCGCCCCAUGCCAGCCUCAGCCACCAGGUUCCCUACAUGCCCCGCAUGUGCUUUUCUUACCCAUCCCUGUCCCCAGCCCACCAACAGAGCUCAGAUGAGGAGGAGGGCGAGCGGCAGAGCCCCCCAUUAGAGGUGUCUGAUGGGGAGGCUGAUGGCCUGGAACCUGGGCCAGGUCUCCUUCACGGGGAGACAGGCAGCAAGAAGAAGAUCCGACUGUACCAGUUCCUGCUGGACCUGCUACGCAGCGGCGACAUGAAGGACAGCAUCUGGUGGGUGGACAAGGACAAGGGCACCUUCCAGUUCUCGUCCAAGCACAAGGAGGCGCUGGCGCACCGCUGGGGCAUCCAGAAGGGCAACCGCAAGAAGAUGACCUACCAGAAGAUGGCGCGCGCACUGCGCAACUACGGCAAGACUGGCGAAGUGAAGAAGGUCAAGAAGAAGCUCACCUACCAGUUCAGCGGCGAGGUGCUAGGCCGCGGGGGCCUGGCCGAGCGGCGCCACCCGCCCCACUGAGCCCGAGCCCGCCAGGCCCGCCGAGCCCUCCUGGCCCCCGGCCCCGCCGGCCACAGCAUUAACCCCUCGCCCGGCCCGGACACAGGGAGGACGUUCCCGGGGCCGAGGCAGGACUGGGGGCCCCGGCCUCGCCCUCCCCGUCCCGCCCCCGUCCCGCCCUGCUUCGCUCCCACCAGGACUCUAGCCGGGUCGGAAGGCCACCUGGGCCUCGGACCCCACCCGAGGGUCGGCCUGGCUUCGUGGCCACGGUGCUACCUUGGGAGUCUGGGUCCGGCACAUCUUUGUAUAUUGGAUGCUCUUUCUAAGGCUCCCCCUCUCCCACCUGCCACCGUCCAUUAGCCUCCCAAAGAUCAAGUAAAAUUAUUCUUAGCUACUCCAAUCCC